AUGGGGCUGUGCAAAGGCAUGCAGAUGCAGAGUACCUUCCAGUGCAGGGAUGAUCAGUCUGUGCUCGGAGAGGUUGUUGCCACUCUGGGUGCCCUUAAACUGAGUCGUGAGCUGCAGGCACACAUGAGUGCGGCCAUGGCUGUCGGCGGUACUUCUGGCCUGACCAUCACUAAGAGGAUCCAGAUCACUGAUUUGCCUCAGCUGGUGGCUGCUUUCCACAGCCUGGUGGGGCUCGCCGCUGUGUUGACUUGUGUGGCAGAACAUAUGAUUAAAUAUCCUCACUUCGCCACAGACCCUGCAGCAGAUCUCAACGAAAUCGUAGCCUACACUGGUGGGGCUACAUUCGGCGGCUUUGUGGUAGUAGACGACAAACUGCAAGGAAAGUAA